UGAUGGACGAGUGAUGGACUUUUAAGCGCCGUGUAGAAUUACACUUUAUUUUUUGUGGUCCUCUUGUAGCUGAAUUUUUUUUGUACAAAUAUCUCCCCCUCUUGAAGCCAAACGUGUUGCCCGUCUCACCAAACUUGCUGCUCAAGGUGAUUCUCUACCGGUGGAUGAGAUCAAAAGAAGCUGAUCCCAGCCGCUCAUUCAUGUAUAAAAGAAGGACCUUGCACCAGCGUUUUUGCACCCAUCAAAGAGAAUUGAAGCUCUCUCAAAACUCUGCAGUUUUCUUCUCUCAAUUCCUUAGUUUCUCUGUAAUUCUCUCUUCCUCUCUUGGUGGGUCACGGUUUGAAGUUCUAGAAAACUAGAAGAGCUUACAAGAAAAGAAGAGCAAUUCUCUCUCUUCUUUUCAUAAAACCCACAGCAGCACCUCUUCUCCAAGCAAAGCAGAAGCAAAGUUUCUCUUAAACCUUCUCUGCAUCUCUCUUGCUUCUGUGAACGAAAAACCCUUGAAACCCACUGUCGCCCUCUCUCAAGAACAACUGAUCGCACGGUAGAAGGUCGAUCCUGAUGCUAAUGGCAAGUCCAGGUUACUUUUUUGGGAAGUAGAUUUAUGAUAAUAUGGCAUUAGCUAUGGAAUUUCAUUAAUAUUUUUAACCCCAAGGACUGUAUAACAAUAAGACUUACGCUUACUAAUUAAGCUGAAAAAAUGGUCUUGGCUUUUUCUCUAAAAGUGGUUCUAGGCUCACUCGCUUUCGCAAUCUUCUGGGUAUUGGCGGUCUUCCCAGCCGUUCCUUUUCUACCGAUUGGGAGGACUGCUGGGUCCCUCUUGGGGGCUAUGCUAAUGGUUGUAUUCCAAGUCCUAACUCCAGAACAAGCAUAUGAUGCAAUUGAUCUACCAAUCCUUGGUCUUCUCUUUGGGACAAUGGUUGUCAGUGUCUAUCUAGAAAAGGCAGAUAUGUUAAAGUACUUGGGAAAUCUUCUCUCGUGGAAGAGUAAAGGAGCAAAGGACUUACUUUGUCGAAUCUGCCUAAUUUCCGCCCUUUCAAGUGCUCUUUUUACUAAUGAUACCGCUUGUGUAGUAUUAACUGAAUUUGUCUUAAAAGUUGCAAGGCAACAUAACCUCCAGCCUCAACCUUUCCUUCUUGCCCUGGCCACUAGUGCAAAUAUUGGGUCUUCAGCAACUCCAAUUGGCAACCCCCAAAAUUUGAUUAUAGCUUUUCAGAGUAAGAUAUCUUUUGGGAGUUUUCUCAGUGGAAUUAUCCUUGCAAUGCUAAUAGGAGUGGUUGUCAAUGCUCUAAUUCUUCUGUGCAUGUAUUGGAGGUUGUUAUCAAUUCAAAAGGAUGAGACAGAUGCAGCUGUAGAUGUUGUUGCAGAGGAGGAUGAGAUGAUUCCUUUAAAGACUGUUUGGUCAAGGGAUAGACUAAGAGACGCACUUUCUAUAGAGUCUUCAGAACACAAGGAAGAUUUGACCAUUAGAUGGAAAGUGAUGUUGUGGAAGUCGUGUGUUUACCUUAUUACUAUAGGAAUGCUGAUUGCUUUGCUUAUGGGGCUGAAUAUGUCAUGGACUACAAUUACUGCUGCACUUGCUCUUGUGGUUCUUGAUUUCAAGGAUGCUAGGCCUUGCCUUGAAAAGGUCUCUUAUUCACUUUUGAUUUUAUUUUGCGGAAUGUUUAUCACUGUCGAUGGCUUUAACAAAACUGGAAUCCCAAGUACUCUAUGGGACUUCGUGGCGCCUUAUGCACAGAUUGAUCAUGCUAGCGGGAUAGCAGUUCUUGCCAUUGUCAUUCUUGUCUUGUCAAAUUUGGCUUCAAACGUACCAACUGUUCUGUUGCUGGGAGGACAAGUGUCAACAUUGGCAGCCGCAAAUUCUGGAGCUGAUAAGAAGAAGGCAUGGCUCAUCUUAGCUUGGGUCAGCACGGUAGCUGGAAAUCUCUCAUUGUUGGGAUCAGCUGCCAACUUAAUAGUGUGUGAGCAGGCUCGCAAAAAUCCACAUCUUGGGUAUACCUUAUCUUUUUGGAGCCAUCUCAAAUUUGGAGUCCCCUCGACUCUUAUAGUCACUGCUAUUGGUUUGGUACUCAUAAGAUGAUAUGAGUUCAUUUGACAAAACCUUUUAAAGAGUUUAUUUUGCUUUUUAGUUGUAAUGUGACAUAAAAAUAAAAAUAAUUUUGAAUAUUUUGGGUUA